CCUUCCACCGGAAGUCGAGUGAGCGCCUGCAGUCAGCGUCCCGGCGCUUCACACAUAUAGGUGGGGCGAAGGAGGCGACAGCACGGCUCAGUCAAGAAGUUUGUCGACUUCACAUUGUGGCGCUUGCAGCUUUUUUUUUUUUUUUUUUUUUCUUAAGAAAGAUCCCCGAAAACUACAGGGGACAGGUGGCGCGAGCUAAGGUGGUGUGUUAAAAGGAGCGCGAGGCGGGGACGGACGCGGCCAUGGACGGUGUGUACGGAUGGGGCAUGACCCCUCUCAACCCAGUCCAACCAGCGACCCCUUACAUAGAGAUCAUCGAGCAGCCGAAGCAGAGGGGCAUGAGGUUUCGGUACAAAUGCGAGGGCCGCUCGGCCGGCAGCAUUCCUGGAGAGAAGAGCAACGACACCACUAAGACCUACCCAGCCAUCAAGAUUCACAACUACAACGGCCCCCUGCGGGUGCGCAUCUCUCUGGUGACCAAGAACCCGCCGUACAAGCCUCACCCCCACGAGCUGGUCGGGAAAGACUGCAAACACGGCUACUACGAGGCCGACCUGCAGGAGAGACGCAUUCACAGCUUUCAGAACCUGGGCAUUCAGUGCGUGAAGAAGAAGGAUGUAAACGAGGCCAUCACUUGUAGGCUGCAGACCAGCAACAACCCCUUCAACAUUCCUGAGCCCAAGGUGUGGGAGGAGGAGUUUGACCUGAAUUCUGUGCGGCUCUGCUUCCAGGCCUCCAUCACCCUGCCCACUGGGGAUCUGUUUCCUCUGGAGCCCGUCGUCUCCCAGCCCAUCUUUGACAAUAGAGCACCCAACACAGCCGAGUUAAAAAUCUGCAGAGUGAACCGCAACUCUGGGAGCUGCAAAGGAGGGGAUGAAAUCUUCCUCCUCUGUGAUAAAGUGCAAAAAGAGGACAUCGAGGUGCGCUUCUUCCAGGACUCGUGGGAGGGGAAGGGCACGUUCUCCCAGGCUGACGUCCACAGGCAGGUGGCCAUUGUGUUCCGCACGCCCCCCUAUCGCGACACUAACCUCAGCGAGCCCGUUAAGGUGAAGAUGCAGCUCAGGCGGCCCUCCGACCGUGAAGUCAGCGAGCCCAUGGACUUCCAGUUCCUACCUGCAGACCCAGAUGAAUACCGGCUGAGUGAGAAGAGAAAGCGUACCGGAGACAUGUUCCAGAGCUUGAAGCUGGGAUCCAUGCUGUCAACCGUGCCCGUUCCACAAGACAGACGGCACAUAAACGUCCCGGCACGCAGAACGGCCACACCUAAACUGCCUUUAAUGAGCUUACAAGCAGCAGCCGAGGCGCCCCCUUCUGCCGGUGGGUUGAAGCCCCAGCCUACCUACGCCUACAACCAACCAGGCCAUCUUUUCUCGGUCCAGCCCAAGGUUGAGGCCUCCUCCUCCAUCUCUACGGCCACCACAAGCCAGACGUGGAAGAUCAUGGAGAGUCUGAAGCUGGGGCCCCAGCCCAAAGCCAACCCCGAGCCCACUUUUACCAUGUCUGCAUCAGUCCCUUCCUCCACCUCCACCAACACCUCCGCGGCCACCCAGGACUACUCCACUGUCAACCUGUCCGACCUGCACGAAUUCUUCCCCAACAUCUCCUCGGCCAUGUCCCAGGAGUCCGCAGCUCCCCAGGGAAACCCAGCACCCCCCUCUCAAAGGGAUGCCAUCUCCUUCCCCAUGCAGGACCCCCAGUUCAGAGUGGACCACUCGCUCGUGGACGACGAAAUCCCGGAGUUCCCCAGCUUUUCCGACGCCCAUGUGCCAGGCACCCUGGACAGCCUGAACAUGGAGGACUUUGCGGACCUUCUGAACCCCCGCCUCAUGAACGAGGGCGGACCCGGCGCGUCCAUGCUGACCUCCUCCCAACAAGGGGGCCCCUCCGGCUCCGCCGGCCAGAGCAGCGCGGCGUCCCAGAACGCCCCGGAGCCCGCCAACAACCCGGGCAGCACCUACAUGAAUUACCCCAACAGCAUCGCUAACCUGCUGCGCAGCGAGGACAUGAUCGUCCUGUCGCCCGGCAACAACCAGCAGCCCACCGUGCUCGACGACUUCGACGUGCUGAUGUCCGGGGACGAAGAGCGCUUCAUUUCCAUCUUUAACAGCGGGAACCAAGCCGGCUUUGUGUCAGGACACCCAACUUAAAGGGUUUUUGUUUUGUUUUUUCCCCCACAGACAUUUUGUAUAUCCCUUCUUAAAGACUCACUUUUGAAUGCACAGAAUCAAGGAGGCAGGACUCAAAGGUAGCAGAAGUUCUAGACGUGCACGGACUUAUAGAAAUACUAUAACCAAAUGAGAGACCACAGACGUGAAUGUAUUUAGAUUUCAUCCGGCUCAUUUAAAAAAAAACAAAAAAACAACGUAACCAUUGUUGACAAUGACUCACCGGUUUGUAAAGCCUGGGUAUGAGCCAUCAUGGUGUUACUACGAUUUUACAAUACCACAGUGUCAUGGUAUUACCGUGAUUUCAAACUCAAAAAAAAAAAAAUUUUGUUCAGUUUUUAUCUAAAACUGCCAGCCAGCUCCUCGCCUUUCUGGAAGUGUGCAGCAACAUGCGGGGGAGGGGCAGCACUGCAUUACUCAAUUGUGAACCUGGAGGAAACCCGGGGUCACUCCAGCACUUUCACCCAACAUCUCGCUAAAGGAACCAUGCCUGGUGAGGUGGUUCUGAACAUGUUUAGCAUGUUUGAUCUAUUUUAGGAAGCUGCCCUUUCUUCUCACCACAGGCAAGGCACAUUUAUUUGUAUAGCACAUUUCAGUAUAAGGACAAGGCAAAGGGGCUGGUACUUAUAUAAUAUAUAUAAUCCCACCAAGAUGGAAGCCUAUGCAAAUCGUUUUCCUUUUCUCCACCCCUUCGGAUUAUUUAGGAUUAUAAUUAUAGAUGCAGCGAUACAAUAUUAUACAUGAUACCCAUCAUGUUACCCUAAUUUUAAUGCUCUCUGAAGGCUGUAAGUUGCCAUCUGACCGUGGUAAACCAAAUGAAGUCUACUUGUAAAUAACCUGAAGAACAUACUAAGAGGAUUCAUUCUGCCGGUAAUGUCCUCAUGGGUCAGUUUUUUUAUUACAUUUAUGCAGCUGCGGUGAAAGUUAGUUUCUGGCCUAUAGGACAGCUGUAGCAAUGUUUUAUUCAAGUGUAAUUCUGACCUUUUUCUUUGUUUUUGUUUUUUAACAUAUGGUAUUAAAUGUAUCAGAUGAUGAUGCAGCUUGUAAUGAAUGACUAACCCCUGUUCAGAUUCAAAGCAGUCUCUUCAAUAAAAACCACAACCGUGUAAGGAAAAAG